AUGACCGACUUUUCAAAAUUUCAAGGUUUAAAUAGUUCUCAGAUUCAUGAAGAAUUAUUAAAAUGUCCAAAAAGCUCCUGGCCAAAGAUCAUCAGUGAACUUCCUACUGGAAUUAAAUCAGAACUUGUUGCAAUUCUUUCAAAUAAAAGAACUAACUUUACUCAAAACAACAAUACUUUGGGAAACGAAGAUACAAAAGAAAACACCCCAAAAAAAUCAAAAGUUGAAGUUUCUAAGCAAGAUUCUCAAAUCUCUUCUUCUCCAAUAGAAAACAAAAAUCAGACCCAGAAUUUGAAUGAGAUUGCAAUUGUUCAUCCAAGAUGUGUUUCUUUAGAAACAGAAACAAAUAUGGAGACAAAUACAGGAUUAGAAAGUUUAAACCAAGAUCAAAUUUGUUCAUUAUCUAUGUCUUCUCAUUUAAAUAAGGUAUUUCAAGAACUAAUGAUAUCUACAUUUUCUCCAAUUAAUACAGUAAUAUCAAGAACAAUGUAUAUAGCAGGAGAUGUCAGGCCAUUUUUAAAAAAUAAAGACUGCAAAGAAAAAAGUGUAAGAUUGAUACAAUCUUAUUUGAAUAUAUGGAUAUCACUAUUUUGGAAAUCUUUAAUUAAUAAGUCAAACAAGAAAAAGAUUUCAAAUAAGCUCACAAAUAAUAUUAUAAAAAAGCAUUUUAGUGAAUAUUAUAAACAAGAAGUGAGCAAAUUUGAUUAUGACACAUUAAUUAAUAAGUCAGCACAUAGACAGGUAGGAAUGAACACAAAUUCUGAAAAUGGUAUAAUUCAAACAACAGAUCCUGAUAUUACAAGCAUAUCUUCAUCAGUUAAAGAAGAAGAUGUAAUAAAUGAUUUGGAUGAAAAUGAAGGUAUUGACUAUAACCAUAAUAUUCCUUCACACAUGAUGAUUAGUAUUGACAAAAGGUUUGAGGAUAGACUAAAACUAAGAGAUACAAGGACCAAAAAUAUGUCUCCAGAAGUUUAUAAGGAGUUUGCAAUGUUAAGAGAAAAGAACUUUAGACCGUCAAUCAAUACUCUCCAAGAAUGGCUUUCAAUUACUUGGAAUACUACCUAUAAUAAUGGGCUAAAAGAUACCAAAGUUUCUCAAAUACCAUCAAACUCCCUUCAACUUUUUAGCUUCAUUUUGAAUGAUAUUAUUUCUUCAUUAGUUGAAAAUGCACUAAGAAUUUCUUAUCUUGAAAAUUGUAAUUUGAAAAAUAGUGGUUCUAAAACUAUAAUGGAAGAUUCAGAUUACUCCUUCGAAAACUGUAAGGAUCUUGUUAAUGAAGUUAAUAAACAUAAGGAAUUUAUUUUUGGAAGUAUAAAUGAUGAAUUUAAUCUUCAAAAAGUUGAUUUUAAUGUAAUUAUUGAUACUUUUUCAAAAAACCAAGAUGAAAUUCCGAGACUUAAUUAUAUUCAUUAUAUUCUUGCCAUCACACAAAGACUGAAUGAAGUAGAUUUUAAGCUUUUGGGGCAUUCAGAAUACCAAAAAUCCAAUAGUACAGUUUUUCAAAUUGGUAUGGAUGUGAUUAUUGAGAAAUUAUUCACUCUUUAUUCAAAAUUGACUGGCCAAAUUUUAAGAGGCCAGCAAAAUUCAGUUGGUGGUUCUACAACAGGAAUUGGCGGGAAACGUAAAAGAGAUGGUUCUGAAUUACUAAUAGACCUUGAAAAAUGUACAAAUAAUAGUAACUUGAAUGGUGAUGAUGAAAAUGAAUAUAUUGGAAAUGAAGAAGAUGAUAUGUUUGAAGCAAUCGUUGAAUCUGCUACAAAUGAAUUUUCAAUCACCAACGCAUUCCCAAACGGUAUUCCUGACGAGAUUAGUAUUUACUGUUAUCUUAGGAUGAAAAAAGUGAUUAAAGAAUCGAAAGAUCCUGAAGAUUUUUCUGGGCUAGUAAAAGAGUGGAACAAAGAUACUACAGAUUUAGAUGAUGAGGAAAGCAUUGAAAUACAAAAAACAAAGGAAUCUUGCAAAUAUUGCAAAAUACAAUUAAACAAGUAUAUGAAUGUAGCUUAUAAAAUAAUAGCAGUUAGUAAUUUAAUAAAGAACUUUAUAAAAUAG